GUGCGUCUUGACGCAGCGGGUUGCCGCUGGUGCGUCAGGAGGAGACGGGCGGAGAGAUGCCAUAACAGCAGCAGCAUCAGGACCAGAGAGCGAGCCCAAAGCAGAGACCCGAACCCCGUCCGAGCUCCGGCCCAGCGGGACGCCUCCCAUGCUCCACCCGCCCCGCAGUGCGGCAGUGCGGGAUCCGAACGCAGGACAGCGGCGGGCAGCGGCGGAGGAGCGGCGGCAUCUGGAGAGGAGGCCUGUGAAGAUGAGCGUGACGUCAUGGUUCCUGGUGAGCAGCUCCGGCACGCGGCACCGCCUCCCCAAAGAGAUGAUAUUCGUCGGCCGCGAGGACUGCGAGCUCAUGCUGCAGUCGCGCAGCGUGGACAAGCAGCACGCCGUCAUCAACUACAACCCAACAACCGACGAACACCUGGUGAAAGACCUGGGCAGCCUGAACGGGACGUUUGUGAACGACCUGCGGAUCCCUGAUCAGACCUACAUCACACUCAAACUGUCCGACAUCAUCCGCUUCGGAUACGAUUCUCACGUCUACGUUCUGGAGAAAAGUCAACACAAAGUCCCUGAGGAGGCGCUGAAGCAUGAGAAGUACAGUAGUCAGCUGCAGAUGAGCCUGAAGGCUGCAGAGGGGAAGAAGAGUGAUGAAGAGGAGGGGCAGCGAGGAGACAAGACGACGAGCACAAAGAGCAUCACACAAGAAACCCCCGGGAGUCGGCCCACGCCUCUGUAUGGCCAGCCGUCCUGGUGGGGAGAGGAGGAUUAUGGGAGUAAAGUCCAAAGCAGCGACGAGCCUCAUUCAGAUUUUCCUGGAGCUCUCUCCGACUCCCAACCAAAGACCGUCUUCCCUUCCUACCACCGCGAGCCCAGCUACUUCGAGAUUCCCACCAAGGACUUCCAGCACCAGAAAACCUCAGAGGGGGAGCUCCAUGAGAUCCCCACCAAGGAUACGGACGCCCCCAACGCCCCGCCAACCCCGACGCCGCCCGUCGUCCAAAGCCACGCCUCUUUCACCAUCGAAUUUGACGACUGCAUGCCUGGCAAGAUCAAGAUCAAAGACCACGUCACCAAGUUCUCGACUCGCCAGAGGAAGGGUCAGGCGCCCCCCGCCAAGACCGCUGCCACUGCCACACCCGCAGAGAUGAUAUCAGCGCAGAGCAAGGUGGCUGAUUGGCUGGUCCACAGUGAUGUCAGCAUGAUGAGGAGGCAUCCGCCAUGCGAGGACGUCUACAGCACCAAGAGUGACCUCGCCAUGAACAUCAAGACCCUUAAAGGUCAUCAUCAUGAGGAUGGAACCCAGAGUGACUCUGAAGACCCGGUUCUUAAAGCCAAAAGUAAAUCCCAGCACUCUGUCCAGUCAGAGCAACCUGAGACACCUCAGCAGACGGUCCAGUCCAGUCAGCAGCCGGUUCCAGCACAGAAGCUCCAUCAUGUGCUGCAGUACUCUCCGCCCAGACAGGCCCCUGCCUCAGCUGUGGCCCCUGAUCGGCCCCUGUCCCAGAGCCCUCCCCAGCCACCAUCGCCCACAGAAAUGUCCAGACAGGGACUGUCUGAGCACCUCACCCAGCAGGCCUUCAUCAUCGAGUUCUUUGACGACAACCCGCGCAAGAAGCGUUCACAGUCCUUCACCCACAACCCCGCUCACGGCGACUCUUACUCCACCCUCAAGGCCAAGAUGGAGCGACGGAAAGGCGGCGAGAGGCCGGCAUCUAUGCAUGGUCACAUCCCUCCCACCCAGCAGGUGACGGUUCCCCUGAAGAGUCAGGGCCACAGUGGCCCUCAGAGGUCAAGCUCUCUAAAGCGGGAGAAGACAGAAGGGGAGGCAGGUUCAUCAAGCUCCUCCUCUCGCUCUUCAUCAGGCAUCAUUGUCAGACCUUUUGGCAGUGUUGGGAAGAAGUCAAAGCUUGCCCAGGAGUUUGCUACAGAGUUCCUGAAGGACUCUGGUGAGAAGGAUUCCUCCCCAACCAAAGACAAAGUCUCACCUCCACCGAUGUCUGCCCCACCAGUGAUGGUUUCACCCCCUCAUGCCCAGAUCCCUUUCCCACAGGAACCUCCAGCACUUUCUUUAGUUUCCUACCCCUCAUCCCCAUUACAACCUCCAGUAGCCUCAAAGUCCUUCAAACCGGCCAUUGGUCCAGCCCAGGUGGCUCCUCUGGGCCAUCCAUCUGGACCACACAUGUCCCCCAUGUUGUCUUUGGGAGUGCAUGGGGGAGACCCCAAAAUUUCCCAGAGGAUUGUGAGGAAUGAGGAAGACGACAGCCUGAGUGAUGCCGGGACUUACACCAUAGAGACCGAGUCACAAGAUAAGGAGGUGGAGGAGGCCCGCAACAUGAUUGAUCAGGUGUUUGGCGUCCUUGACUCUCCAGAGUACAGUGGCGCAACCACAGGAGUCUAUAGACCUGUCAUACAUGAAGGCAAAGAUGAGCACCGUACCCUGCCUGGUGAUGGUACCAGUGUGGACCUAUUGCAUGGUUUUAUCCCAGCAACUGUCAGUGCCCCCCCAACAGGUCCCAUGCAGGUUCAGAUUCACGCAGCCGAUCUUGAAGGACCUAAAUGGGUUUCUCGAUGGGCCAGUCUGGCAGACAGCUAUGCUGAACCUGGUUCUACUCCUCCUCAAGGGGAAUGUCUUGAAGAUUUGCGCUACAUGAACCAGUCAGUGGGAAGCUACAGCUAUGACACCUCAGAGUCAGAGACGAGCCACAGCUCCAGGACCAGAAGGCUGCUGCCUCAGGUUCCUCCAGAAAAGGUGGAAAGUGUCACUCCAAGCAUCCUGAUACGGCAUGAAUCCUACCAAGGUCUUAAAUCUGUGGAUAGAGUUUACGUUCCUCCCUGUUCCCAAGACUCCACCCAGCGCCUAACCGUUCAGGAUGACGUGGACCCAGACAGUCUCAGCGAUGCCAGUCGCUCUGAGGAUGGACCCGCUCUGGUUAAUGCAAAGAAAAUUGAUGUAAUUACCGGAAACGUGUCCCCAGUUGCUCCUGGCUAUCAGUUUAAAGUUCAGGAGAAAGUUUCUCCAACCAACAAAUCCACCUUCUUCUACAUUGGUGCCGAGGAUCAUCCAGGCAAGCCUGAACAGGCCAGAAGCCCCGUGCAGGGUGAGAGGACUCGAGACCCUCCGGCUAAAACUCCUCCAACAACAGUCUUGAUCCGUCACUUGAGUGGACAUGAACCCAGAAGGACAGGCGUCAAACCCAACAACUCUGCUCCAAACCUCCAAACGCAAGACAAAGACUCUGUUCCUACAAAGGACAGCUGUAUCGUCCGUCAAGAAAGUUUCACCAAAGACCGACCCAGUGACACAGUCCAGAUGAAGAAGCUUCCCCACAUCUCCAGCCACCCUUCCAUUAGAGAUAUGGAACAGAGCAUCCAGGAAACACAGCCCUUCCUUCAGGAGACAGAGGGUGCGCUGUCCUCUCUGGACACCAAGGUUCCUUCUUCUGGUUCUGGUCGUAGCUCAAAGAAAGAGGGCUCCUCCACCCACAUGGAUGAUUCUCUCUCUGGUGAGUCAGAUGUGGAUACAGCUAGCACCGUGAGUCAGGUGAGUAGCAAAAAUGCUCCUGUUAGCUCCACAUCUAAAAAGCGACCUGCCAUAAGCAGUUUUCAGAAGGAGAAGUCCUCUUCUAGCCCAUCUAUCCAAGAAAAGGGUCGACAGCUAAGUGCUCGAGAGCGGCUUUCUGAGAAACGACGCACACAGACAACUGACGUACCAAGCAAGGCAGAGGCAACGAAGCGUUUCCAGAUGCGCCGCAGUACAGGAAACCGUGGUUCUCUGGAUUUAUCCGAAGGUCAACAAGGUACCGCACCUAACUGGACUGAAACUACUUCAUCUGAUCAUGAAAUCUCACAUCCAUCCAGCCGUACCAAGAAAGUUAUUGCCCCUCUACAGAAAGAGGACAAUGGAAAGACACCUAAGUCAGCAGCUCAACAGGUUUUAACUCGUUCCAACAGCCUGUCAGCACCAAGACCAACUCGAGCCUCCAUGCUACGACGCGCUCGCCUCGGUGACGCCUCAGACAACGAGGGCACAGAGACCGAUCGGACCUCCCAGAACUCUGAUCACAUUUCUGCACCCCCUAAGGUCUCCGCUGAAGGUAAGAAGCUGUCCAGACUGGACAUCUUGGCGAUGCCCAGGAAGAGAACCGGCUCAUUUACGACUCCAAGUGACAACGAGUCCUCGACAAGUCGGUCUGGCUUCUCCGGUCGCAACAGUGAGCCAGCUGUCACAGCAAGGAAGACGUCUGUUGGUGAUGCUCGCCAGGCAGCCAGUAAAGGGGGCGGAGCUCCGGUGAAGCAAACAGUGUCACGUACCCGAUCAAGCGGAGUGAAGCAUCCCAGCGGCGGGUCACGUCGCAAACAGAAGGGCUCAGACUUCUCGUCUUCCUCUGAGGAAGAAUACGACACAAACACUGGCUUCUCCAAAGCAAAGCGAUCCUCCCAUUCAACGACCGCUGGCCAAUCACAGCGCAGCCAGAGGACAGCCGCCAGCAGAACCAAGUCUGUCUCCCUGGAAACCGAGGAGGACGAGGACCAGAACGACAUCGACCCAUACCAGAACUGGUCCACUCACAGCGCUGAGAUCGCCAAGCUCAGUCAGGACCUGGCCAAAGAUCUGGCCAUCUUGGCGAAGGAGAUCCAUGACGUCGCUGGGGAUGGGGAUCCUCCACCCACCACCACCUCCCCUAGCUCACUCCCCAACACGCCAGGCUCCAACAUCUCUGCCCGGGAGGAGGUUGAUCUGCAGGAGCUUCAUUCUGCUUCAGACUCUUACAACCUUUCAUAUGUUUGUUCUUCUGCAAAGACGCCAUGUGUUGCAUAUCUCCACGGGGUUCGACCGGCUCAGCUGGUCCAUCGUAUUCCUGAGGCCAGCUUAAACUUCCAGAAGGUUCCUCCAGGUUCUGCGGCCAUCUUGGACCUGGACGCUAAUAUGAAUGAGGCAGAGCCCACUUCUUUGCAACGCCGUCCGUGGAACCGUGAAGAGGUGAUCCUGGACAACCUGAUGCUGAACCCGGUUUCCCAGCUGUCCCAGGCCAUCCGGGAAAACACCGAGCAGCUGGCCGAGAAGAUGAAGGUUUUGUUCCAGAACAAAGCAGAUGUAUGGGAGGAGAUCGAGGCCAAGAUCAACACCGAGAAUGAAGUUCCCAUUUUAAAAACCUCCAACAAGGAAAUUACCUCCAUUUUGAAGGAACUGAGACGAGUCCAAAGGCAGCUGGAAGUCAUAAACACCAUCGUGGAGCCCGGUGGGAGUCUUCAGGCGGCCGCCAUCACAACGCCGUCUCUGACUCAAACUCGCCAAACCACGAAGGAGAAGAAACCCGCUACCAGAACCCGGACCUCCAACGCCAACGAAAGCACCAAGCGACCGCCUCGUGGGCCUGAUGGGUCCCACCACGCGCCCUGAGCAGGCAGCCGUAGCACAUCGGGACAGACGUUGUGCAUCCACACCACUGCGGUGUGAGCCGGAGCCGGAGUCCCUCUGGGCGCUGUGUUUGGACCGGCGGUGGUGUGGAUGCACUGGACCUGUCCAGAACAAACCGCCCAUCUGUGCCCAGUGAUUUCAUCAGAACAUCGUGAUUGGCCACAGUGUAUCUUCGUAGAGCUGCUUUCUCGUCGCACAAGCUCAACCAAACUUAGUCAACGCUACAGAAUCAAGCAGCUGCUCUCACCACGGCGUUCUGCGGACAGAACUGUACAGAAGUGUAUUAAUAACUUUGUGCUUUGACGAUCUGUUGUGUUGCAUUUGAACAGAGGAUAGAAACGUCCUUAUAGCAUUCUGUGUAUCUUUAUAAGGCAAAAGUUUUACCUUUCUGCCCGUCAGAUGGGUCCCACUCUGCUUCCACGCUUCAUGGACCGGGUCCAGUAGAACACCUGCUGAAUGUUUCUCAGUUCUGCUGCCUGACCGACGACAGCCAGGCUCUCCGCCUGCUCCGCCUCGCUGGGAUUGUGCUGCUUCUGCUGAAUGUUGCGAGAGCUGAAUGUGGGAGAGACUCUGUGAAAUAACUGGAAUGUCUGCAUGAGAGAAAGCUUAACGAUUCCGACUGGUCCUCGAACGCAUCGCCUCUCUACAGGAAUGAAUCAGUCCGACAGUUGAGAAGUAAAGCUUAUUAAAAACACCUGAGAACAAACAAGAUUUCUUAAAGUGUAACUGACCCCCCUGUGAAAGCAAAGCCCGCACCCAAAAAAUCUCUAAAUUCCAAAGUGGGCGGAGCCAGAACCCCCUUGGGGGCGUGGCUAAGCGUGUGAAUGAGCAGAGAGGGUAAAGCUGGGCUGUGGUCCUGUUGUCAGCUUAGUAACAGUUGCUAUAGGUAGCGACUUUUAAAAAAAAAAAAAAAAACAGUGACUAGCAACAAAUCUAUCAACUUUUUUCAAAAAAAAGCUUCUAGCGACAAAUUUAACGCCUUUUCCCCAGAAAAUCAACUGACAAAUCUAUCAACUUUUUUCAAAAAAGCUACUAGCUUCAAAUCUAGCCACUUUUUUCCCUCUUUACAGCAACUAGCGGCUUUUUCUUCUUUAUUGGAGACUUUCAUUGCGACGUGUGAAAAACCAGCCGCUGUCAAAGUGAGAUGGUUUUAUGGUUUUAUCCCUGAACGCAGGGCUGUGUGACAGACAUGAACCAAGCUGGAAGCAAAAGGAAAAUUCAUCUGCAGUACCCCAAUUUCAACCAUAAGAGGGCAGCACUGAAACGGCUCUAGGCUAAAUAUUGCAGAAUUAAACAAAUUUACACUAAAAUGUCAUAUUUCACACAGAAACAUAAAGUUAUCAAGCUUAAGGACAAAAUUAAAUGGAAACAGUUGAUUACGGGUUUAGUUCCUCUCUAUUUAUGGGUUUAGAUGAAUUCGCCUGGUUCAGUGAGAGAUGUUAGGUUGUUUCCAACUCCCAGGUCCAAGUAGAAACUAAUGUCCGCGGCAGUUUUAAUGAAGUAUUUAGAGCUUUACGCCGUGGGAGGGUCGAUGGAAGGUGACGUGGUGUGAGUGGGUCUCUGCGUGUCCGCUAGCUGCUAGCUGCUAGCUGCUAGCUGUGCUGUUGUCGCUGUGUGCUGGGCUAAUGUUUGUGUUUUUUUUCUCCGUCUUUGUGUUAAAGCAGCUGAGACGUUCGUAUGUACAGACAGUGAAAUGAUCCAGUUCAUUUCCAGAUAAAUGAACGAAGCUGUUAACUCUCGGCUUAAUUAACCUAGCUUAGCAUAACGACUGGAAACGGCGGGAAUGCAAACUGAGCCUGUGCUUGGCUUUCAUUCACUUUCAAACAAACUUUUACUUUCCUAUCCAAGUGGCUUCAUGGUGUAACCAAAAAUAAUAAUAUUGUUUUAUUUAGUGAAACAAUAAUUCAGUAGAAGCUGAUGUUUACUGAUUUAUUUUUAUCUGCAGUUUCUGAGACUCGGUGAUUGAUUUUGUGUUUAUUAUUGCUGUUUACUGCUGCUGCAUUUUUUAGCCAAAAACUAACAGAAAUAAUCUGGGUUGUUUAUCCUGUCACAAGAGUAGAAAAUUGAGGUUAAUUAUUAAAAGUAAUAUGAUGUUGAUUCAAUUAUAUUAUGUCAUAGUUUAAAACCAAAUCUUUAGUUAGCAAGCUAAAUAUUUACUAAUAAUAGUUUUAAAGUAAAUAUUGAGUUUGGAACUAAAUAUUACAAAAUUAAAUAUUUAAUUAGCAAGAUAAAUAUUUAGCUUGCUAACUAAAUAGUUUGAAACUGACAUUUAAACACUUAUGAAUAAAAUUGUGAGAAUAUGACUGAGCUUUUAGCCCCGUCUUCUUUUCUUAUGUCAGGUUAAAUAAUCCAAAUUAUUUCUAGCUUUUUGGUGUCUCAUAGUUGUAAUCUGAUGUUUCUGUGUUUACUGACGUAGACAGGCAUCCGUUUCCACCGUUAGCGCUAAGCUAGGCUAACUCCACUAUGGUGAUUGUUCUGUACAAAACCACGAUUCAAUCUCCAGCAGAGAUGAAGGAUUCUCUAUGGAAACCUAUAAAAACCACUUUAGAGAAAUAAAAUGCUUGCCAUAGUUAUGACUUUGAAAGUUUUAAUUUUUACUUUGAAGUUUAAAUAUUUGAUAUAAAGUUUCAGAAUUUAGACUUUUAAUGUUAGAAUUAAAGUCUAAAUUAGGACUUUGACUCUUAUGACAACUUCAAAAGUAACAACCAUUACUUUGUUCAUAUCAUGACUGAAAGUCUAAAUUUUUACACUAGUGCUCAUAUUCCUAACUUUGUAUCUGAUAUUUAUAUCCAAUUAUUAUAAUUUAAUUUUUUUUUACUUUCUAUCACAGUUAUGUCUUUAAAGUCAUAUUUCUGAUUUUGCAUCCUAUAAAAAGUCUAAAUUAAUUUCUACUUCCAAAGUCAUAUUUAUAAGUCCACCCUGCCAUUAUUCCUUCCUCUCUAGUGGCACAUAUGGGCCUCCGUAGUUUCACUGACCUGUGGACUUGAAGUGUUGGGCUGGAGAAACCAGAUAUGGCAAACCUUUAUCAUAAAGUGCAUGUUUCCUGUAGCUUGAGGCAGGUGAGGUUUUGAUGCUAAAUCACCAAAUGUGCACUUUUUCCAUCGGAUGAACAAACACCCGGAGGAAACGGGUGGAGCUUUUAUUUAUCCUUCAUGCUGAUUGUUUGGAAAAUGUUUUAUUUGACCAUUUUACGCAAUCCUGACUGGGCGGUGCUGCGAUGAUGUAACAGCUGCUGCUGCAGCUGAUUGGUGGUCUGGCCUCCAUGCGCUCUGUGUUUUGUUGCAGUGCAUGCAGCUGAGUAAGAACAGCAAACAUCUGCUCUGUUUCUCAUUUUUAUGCAUCUGAUCAGAUUAUGGUGCUGCAGACGGACUUGCGUAACUAACAAAUGUUUUUUAUUUUCCAAGGAUUUCCACACAUCUGAACUCUUUUGUUUAUCAUCGUUUCUUUGUAUCAUUCGGUCAUUUGUAAUAAACUGACUCCAUGCACUCUGUUGGUGAA